AUGUCCUCUUCCUCGUCUCCCUCCUCAGGUCUCUACGCCUUCUCCCCCAUCCACAGAACCCAAGCCGAACUCAACGAUCGGGUCGCCAAGCUGGAGGAGAUGGCGAGCAAGGCAAAGACUGAGGACGUCAAGUUCAUGACUUUUCUCCGUCAACUUUUUGACAGUGUUAAUCGCACCCGGCUGAUGUGCAAGGGGUUGGGUGAGGAGGUGCGGAUGCUGAAGAAGGCUGGGGAGGAGAAGGAGGAGGAGAAUCGUAAUGCUGGGGUGUAUGUUAUGGCGCUUUUGGAGAAGCAGGAGGAAAAGAACAAGAAGACGAAGGGACGGGUGAGGAAGUUGAAGGGGAGGGUGAGGGAGUUGGAGGAGAGGGAGAGGGUGAUGAAGGAGAGGGUGGGGAUGGUGGAGGGGGGGAAGAGUAGGGAUUGUGUGUGUGAGAAGUUGAAGGGGGAGUUUGAUGAGUUUAAGGCGGUUGUGGAGGAGAGGGUGGUGAAGGUGGAGGAGUGGGAGGAGGAGUGGGAGGAGGAGUGGGAGGAGGAGUGGGAGGAGGAGUGGGAGGAGGAAAGAUACGAAGGGAGGGUUUGUGCGUUGGAGUGCCGGGCUGAUUGGAUGGAGAGGGAGUGGGAGAAGGACGCAUCUGAACCGAGGGCCUGUGUGUUGGAGAGCCGGGUUGAUUGGAUGGAGAAGGAGGAGGUAGAGGGGGAAGAGAGUGAGAAGAAUAGCGUGAAGGCCUUUCCGGAUUCCCUCCGGGAGGAGACGGCUGCUCUCACGGCCAGCCCCAAGAUUGACAAGGAACUGGGCAAGCUUGGGGCGGCUGGGAAUUCGGGGGCGGAUAGCCUGGGAGAGUACAACCCGCGACACCCUUACCUUCAGGCUUCUUCUCCGGCGUCGAGAGGACUACCGAGCAGUUCUGGAUAUGGCUAUCCCUGUUAUCCCUCACCACCCAACUUGCUCCCCUAUCUCUCUUCGAGCCUGACCCGGCAGAUAUACAAUGCCAGCGCCUAUGACGCCCCGCGGCCAACCUACCGCACUUACGGUGUUCCUUCCGACUCUCAAUAG